CGAAGGCCGAAGGGGCCGCGCGUCGACGCGUUUGCUUGCUCGAUCGUCCGUUCGCUCGCUACAACAACAGCAAUGGCGGCGAGGAGGGUGGCGCUGCUCUUCGCUAUCCUCCUCCUGCACCAAACGGUGUCUUCGCUUGCUGGAAAGAGCUACUAUGAGAUUCUGCAAGUGCCAAAGGGUGCAUCGGAGGAGCAAAUCAAGAGGGCAUACCGCAAGCUUGCGCUGAAAUACCACCCAGACAAGAACCCCAACAAUGAGGAAGCUGGCAGGCGGUUUGCCGAGAUCAACGAUGCCUACGAGGUCUUGACGGAUCGGAAGAAGAGGAAAGCCGAUGACUGGCACGGUGAGGAGGAUUUAGCCAAGUACAUGGGUCGUGCUAUGAAGGUCGAUGUCGAAUACGUGUUUAGCAAUGGUGGAAGUCCGAAACAGGAGGAAGAACAGAUUUUGAAGGGUGAUGAUGUCACUGUUGAAUUGGAGGCUUCGCUAGAGGACUUGUAUAUGGGUGGUUCCUUGAAGAUUUGGAGGGAGAAAAAUGUUAUAAAACCAGCUCCUGGCGUCAGGCGAUGCAGAUGCAGGAAUGUGGUUCGUAAACGAGAAGUCGCUCCUGGAGUUAUUCUUAACUUGAGUCACCAGGAAUGUGAUACAUGCCCAAAUGUGAAGUACGUAAGAGAAGGGGCUUUCAUUAAUGUUGAUAUUGAAAAGGGGAUGCAAGAUGGACAGGAAAUUUUAUUUUACGAGGACGGAGAACCCAAGAUUGAUGGAGUGCCUGGUGAUUUGAAGAUUAAAAUUCGGACAGCACGGCAUGAACGCUACAGAAGAGACGGCAAUGACCUACACACGACAGUGGAAAUCUCGCUGGCAGAAGCUCUUGGCGGAUUCGAGAAGAAGGUAACGCACCUUGACAACCAUGAGGUGGAAAUCGGGACCAAGGAGAUCACGAGACCAGAAGAAGUUCGGAAGUUCCAAGGCGAGGGCAUGCCACUGUACCGUAGUAACGAGAAGGGAGACCUGUACGUCGUUUUCGAGGUAGUCUUCCCUGAAGACCUAGCUGAUGAUCAGAAGACCGAGCUGAAUAGCAUUUUCACUGGAACACCGUCAAUUUCAGCUCUUGGGCUAGUUGCCAAGAGCAAAGGUAGGCAAAGGUCAAUGGCAGGAGUAAUGUUUCUUUUAGCGUUGUUGCUCAGAUUCAUAGGUAGUCAAAGGUAGAAAAUGGAUGCAUCAGUAUAUCUCUCAAGUGCCUGGCUGUUUUACUUUCAACUAUCUCCUCCGCCAGCAAUGUUCGUGAAUCGUCUGGUUCAACGCAAACAAAAAGUAAAAUAUACUGGCGGAGGAGAUAGCGUUCAUGAGCAACAUGUACAAAGCCUGCAUUUUUUUACUUUC